CCCGGUUGUCUACCUUAGAAGAGGACGUCGUCGUCGUCGUCGUCGUUUACGAUCUCCUUAUAUAGAGCCGUUCGAGACUUUUAUUUAUUUUCGAAGCAGGGAGGGUCCACGGAGACCAGGACCAAGCGCUCGGUCAGUGGCCCCAUAUCAGCAGCGGGAGAACGCGUCUCCUCCCGAUUCGGAGUGUGCCGUCGUCGCCGUCGUCGUCGUGACCGCGGCCGACGGCAUGACGAAGUCGGUGACUCCGAGCUCGAGCUCCCCCGUUAACGUUAACUGAUGUUAACGGCGCUACGAUCCCCGUGCACGGCAGACCACGACGAUUUAUAACACGCUCGAUGGUGCCUCUAUUCUGGGAAUGAGGCGCUGGGAGUGCGACGAUUAUUUGUACGAACGGAUUGCGUUCAGUGAACGAAAUUGUGCGACGACACGAUAUACGAUUUUACGAUACACGAUACGAUUUAUGCAGAAUAUACGACACGCGAAUCGCGAUAACAGCACGACACGACAGAUACGACAAACACGACUCGGACACGGAUACCACGCGAUCCACGUACGAUAUGACGGACCAACGCGAAUCAACCGAUCAACCGUUUCGCUGAGAAAGAUAGAGAGACCAGGAAACCGAUGACCGGAGUGAUGUAGGGAUUAGACAGCCCCACUGGCGCGUCCACUUCAGUACACUCGAUUUACUGUUUGCUCGAUGAUAGCUGAGCGGUCUACUUUAUCGAUGUGGUCUAGAAAGUUGAGAACAGGUAGCAAUUGAUGCGAAAAAAUGGUGCUUUCCAAGCCGGUCAAUAUCUUUUAUAGUCUCAUCGGCGCAUAUUUACAACGGCUCUACUACAGUCCUUUAAAAACGAAAGCUAUAACGAGUUGCAUUAUCGGCGCCCUUGGAAAUGUAGUAUCUCAGAAAUUAUCCGGCAUCAAGUCGGACAGGAAAGGACUUAAUGAAGACAGUAUCUUGGCUUUUGCUCUAUUUGGACUAUUGUUUGGAGGUCCGGUACCCCAUUACUUUUAUACAUAUAUACAAUUGUUCGUGAAACAUCCUCUAGGAAUUCUUCUAAUAGAGAGACUCAUUUAUACACCGUGUUUCCAAGCUCUUGCGCUCUAUCUACUUGCUAUCUUUGAGGGCAAAACCCAUCAAGUGGCGUAUGCUCAGAUGCAAAAAUUAUAUUUACCAACAUUGAUGGCUAAUCUGAAAUAUUUGACGUUGUUCCACUAUAUCAACAUAAGAUAUGUUCCACCAAUGUUGAGAGUCUUGAUAGUCAAUUUGAUUGGAUUUGUAUGGAUUAUCUAUGUUGCCAAUAAAAGAGCAAAAGCUUCGAAAGAGAAGUAGAAAAACACGAAGAUCUAUUGUAAUUAUUAUUAUAAGUAUUUUUAUAAUUACAAUGAAUAAUGUACGUUAAUGCAUAUGGGUGUGCUAUGAUACUUCUUGAUCAUUUUAAAAAUCAUUUAAAAAAUCAAGAGCGAUAAGAUAAUUUUACACAAAUACUUGUAACAAAUUUACUAAGCACUAACGACACUCUUAUUGUACAAA